AUGCCUUCCGACCUAUCAUCAUAUCUCGCCACGCACUACUUGGUAGCAGAUCCCAAGCCAACCAAAAAGCGCAAGCGCAAGGCCGCCACCGAAAACCAAGGCCUGAUCAUCGCGGACGACGACGACAACUGGGGCAAGUCGACACAAAACGACGACGAUGAAGACUCGCCCAUGCUCGUAUCCGGCGCCAAGUCGGCCGAGUUCCGCCGCACGAAAAAAUCAAACUGGAAAUCCGUCGGCGGCGGAAGCUCUUCAAAACCAGACGACGACACCGCGGCGGCAGACGCGAUUCUCGCCUCGGCAGCCGCAGAAAACGCCGCGGCCGCGCGCGCAGACGACGAGAUGCCGGUGGUGGAGGGCGGCAACGAUAAUGACGCGGCGGGUGUGGUCAAGAUGAGCGACGGGACGCACGCGGGCCUGCAGAGCGCCGCGUCGGUAGCGGCGCAGCUGAAGCGGCGGCAGCAGGCGGAAGAGGCCGAGUUCGCGAAGCUACGGAAGUCUGGCAAGGAGCAGGAGACGGUAUACCGCGACGCCACGGGACGGCGGGUGGACGUGUCGAUGAAGCGUGCCGAAGCGCGCAAGUUGGCUGCCGAAGCAGAGGAGAAGGAGAGAUUGGCGAAGCUUGCGCCAAAGGGCGAUGUGCAGCUCGAGCAGGCGCGCAAGAGGAGGGAGGCGCUUGAGGACGCGAAGCUCAUGAACUUUGCGCGCACGGCGGACGAUGAGGAGAUGAAUCGGGAGCUGAAGGAGAAGGAGAGGUGGAACGAUCCUAUGGCACAAUUUGUGACUGAGAAGACUUCGGGAGGCGCGAAAGGGAAGAAGGGCAAGAAGAGGCCUAUAUACAGUGGUGCUGCGGAGCCGAAUCGGUACGGAAUUCGGCCGGGCUACAGGUGGGAUGGCGUGGAUAGGAGUAAUGGCUUUGAAGGGGAGAGGUUCAGGGCUCUGAACCGCAAGGAGCGGAACAAGGGCCUGACUUAUGAAUGGCAAAUGGACGAAUAA